AUGUCGAAGAGCUUCUCACAAAGAUCCUUGUGUCGGUGCCACCUCGAUCUCUGGUUCGUUUCAAGUGCGUCUCCAAGCACUGGCUCACUCUCAUCUCCGACCCCGGAUUCUUUCGCCGCCAGACACAUCAAAAGUCGAAGAUCUCCGGUUUCUUUUCUAGCAAAAACCGAAGACGAGUUCUUCAAGUCCAUUGCUCUUCGUGACCGUGAAAUCCCAUCUGGGAAUCCCUUCAAAACUAUUAAUGAUUCCUUCGCUGAUGGAUCCAAGUUGAGGAUUCUUCAGUCCUGCAAUGGCCUCUUCCUCUGCCAUAUUCCUAUAGUAGACGUGCUUGAAGAAGGAAAACAUCAUCCCUUGUAUGUUGUCAAUCCAACAACCAACCAAUUCCGGGCUCUUUCUUGUCCAAGCUCUGAGGCCUGGGACCCGUUCAUGUUUGUACGUUAUGCUUUGGCUUUUAAUCCUUCCAAGUCGCCUCAUUACAAGGUGAUCUGCGUAAAUAACUUCCCCUAUUGUUAUGAUAGAGGCCACCACGAAAUAGACAUAUAUUCAUCUGAGACCGGAGAGUGGAAGCGUCUUGAGGUUCCUUUCUUCCCAAGCCCCUCUGACGUGGGCAGACACCAUGAUUUCGUGCAGAAGGCCAUGCACUUUGACUACAGGAGCAGGAAAGGCGCCGUAUACUGCAACGGGGCAGUUCAUUGGAUAAGAGACAGAAGGGAAGCAAUUUUUCCACUCCGCUUUUUUGGGGAUGGUAGGUCUGAAUUGGUAAGAAACGAAACUGAUGUGCUGCACUACUUUGACAUAGGCGAAGAACGUUUGGGACUUGUGUCUGCUACCCCUCCUGUCCCCUUGGUUGUCAAAAACAUUCCGUUGGAUUUUGGUUCAUGUCCCACUGAAUGGCCGAGAUUGGCUCAAAGAUAUUUUGGGGAGUCCGGUGGCCAUUUGUAUUUGAUUGAGACUUAUCAGCAUUGUAAGACCCAAUUUGAUGUGAUGGAGAUGGAGAGGGACUACUCUGGCUGGUUUGUCAAGUAUCAUGUUGAUCUUAAUCCGCUAUUCACAGCUCUUCCUGAUUCGAAUGCUUUUGUCGCCUUGAGCCUCUCUCAAGAGGAGGAAAAUGAUAAUGAGGAGGAUUAUUCAGCUGAUCUUUUGUUACAUAUGCCAGGUAAGGUCUUAACUUAUAGUCUGAGGAAUAAGGCCUUCAAAAAAUCUGUGGAGUUGGCCAAUAAGGAAUAUUUUCUUGCUUUAGAUGAUGAAUACUUGAGGGAUGAGGUUGUUCUCUUUCCUUACAUUGAGAGUUUAGCUUGUGUGGGACGAUAA